UGUGUGGGAAAGUUUGUACAAUUUUCGUUGGCGCCCAAUUCGAGUAAUCGAUUUCAAACACAUAUGAAUGUAAGUUCUUGUGAUGGCUUUGCUACUUCAGUGCACCAGUUGGAGAACUUUUUAAGUGACUGGACAAGAUAUAUUGAAGAACUCUCAUUAAAAGAUGGCCCGAAUAGCGACAAUCAGUUAUGCUUGAAACAAGAAAACGACUCUCUCAAGGAAAAGUUGGCAAGCUUGCAAAGGUCUCUCGAUUUCCAAAAAGAGGAGUUUGCGAGUCUUUUGGAUUACAGCGAAAAGUUGGAACGACUGGUAGAACAAAAGGGAGCAGUGUUGCCAAACCUAUCAUCUUGUAGUGUACCAAUGGAGUCCAUUCCAAGCGCUCAUAGGCCACUUCUUCAACAUAAAGGUAUGCUCCAGUCGUGGAAGGAAGAAUUAAAAGCAUUGAGAAAUGACUUUGCAACAUCACUUCAAAAUAUGCACGUUUAUUUGUAUCAUCAACUUUGCAGUUUGACAGACACAUUCCAUGUCCAACAUAGAGAGUGGACCAAAUGCAGACAAGAAAAUUGUCGACUGCGUCGUUAUAUUCAAGAAUGGAAGGGAAACCUUCGUGUAGUUGCUCGUAUUCGUCCAUCACUGACAGGAAAAGAUUGUACUCCGUUGCUUGGUUUUGUAGGAGAUGAUAUGAUUACAUGUCAACCUUUCCAUUCGAAUCCUUUGUCAUUCACUUUUGAUCAGAUCUUUCCUCCUCAUCUGCCACAGGACUUUUUAUAUGAAGAAUUGCAGCCUAUAGUUGGCAGCAUUUUGGAUGGCUUCCAUAGUUGUAUUAUGGCUUAUGGACCCACUGGCUCUGGGAAGACUUUUACCGUUUUUGGGUCAGAUGGGAAAAGUGGAGUUGUGGAAUUAGCUAUUCGAACAAUAUUUACACAAAUACAGGAGAAUAAUAACUUGGCCCUAGUUCCAACUAUCAGCAUGUUGGAAAUAUACAACGAAACUGUGCGUGACUUGCUAAGUGAUGAUCCACUGGCCAGUUUGGACGUUCGUGAAGAUACUGUAACUGGAGAUGUAUUUGCAAAAGGUGCGAUCGAAAUGGAAAUGAACCAUUAUUCUGAUGCUUUGAGAAUUGUUCAGUCUGGCCUUGAUUUUCGUAGUACUAGUGAAACUCUGUUGAAUAUUUCCAGUUCUCGAAGUCAUUUGUUAUGUGUAUUGAAAUUGCGUGGAGGCCCUGAAAAUACAGGAACCUUGUACAUUGCUGACUUGGCAGGAAGUGAACGAGUCACACAUUCUCAUGUUCAGGGUGAACGAUUGGAUGAAACCAAACACAUCAAUCGUUCAUUGUCAUGUUUAGCUGAUGUAUUUUCAGCUUUACGAAGUCAACAAGCACACAUUCCUUAUCGUAAUUCUCGUUUGACGUUUUUGUUGCGACCUGCACUUUCCAAAAGUGGAAAAGCAAUGCUCAUCAUUCAUGUCAGGUAUGUUGUGGAUUUUAAUAAUUUGUGGCCAUUUUCAUGAAUAAUCGACAUGUGAAUGAACUUUAGUCCGGAAGAAGAAGAGCUUUCUGAAACUAUUCAAACUUUGCGUUUCGGACAACGGGCAAGAGAUAUCGAACUAAGA